ACUUUCCCUCAUCGUGGAAUGAGAAACGAACGAUUCACAAAAAUCCAAAAGCAACAAUCAUUUACUUGAUCACUCCUACAAAAAGUACUGCACUUUCUCUUUCGCACUUCCUUGAAAAAAAUUGAAACCCUUUUACUACUUCACUUCUCCUUCCUUUUCCUGACACACAUACACUUUUGAAUUUUGAUAGCUGGUGAUCCUCUCAGUACUUGUCAGUUGGCAAAUGGCUUCUGAUGCGAGCAUGGCCACGCUGUCUUCUUCUGUUCAAGAAGAUGAUCAAUAUGAUCAUGAUCAUGACACGGAUGAUGGGUAUCACCCCCCUAGUCUUCAUAACUUGUCUAGGCUGUCCAUGUGUACAAGUUCCAUGUACACUAAUGAAGACGAUGAUUAUCAAGAUUGUGAUGGGAUGACGAUGUUUGCGUCAAGACUGACUAUAGAAAGUUUCGACGCUGAUGAGGAACUCUCUGAUGAUCAAAAAGAAGGUAAUCACAAAAACAUACUGCACCUCUCUUCUGAUUCUGAUAAAGAAACAGGCUGCUACUCGCUUCCAGCAACACCACCUCGUUGGAGAAAUCGCGGUGGCCCAAGAAAUCAAGUGCAAUUAAUCGGAGUAACAGAUUAUGCCAGUGAAAAUGAAGCUCAAAAGGGUAUUAUGAGGCAAAAGAUGAGAAAGAAUUUGAGGAAAAGAAGGGUCAUAAGAGAAAGACGGAUGGACAACAGCAAUACGAGUUUUAAAAAGAAAGAAGAGGAGAUCACAGGGCUGAGUAAUUACGGUUCUUGUAAUAGUUUUAGUGGGGAGAGUGAAGGUGGUGGGUUGGUAGUGAUAACAAGGCCAAAAGGAGGGAGGAGGUCAUUGUGUAUGGACUUGGAAGAAGUGAAGGCUUGUAGGGAUCUUGGGUUUGAAUUGGAACAUGAGAGGAUGCUGGAGUUGCCUAGUAGUCGUGUCUCUCUUUCAGGAUCCACUCUUGACACUAGUAGUGGUGGCGAUUCUCCUAUUGCUAACUGGCGCAUCUCUAGCCCUGGUGAUGAUCCGCGGGAUGUUAAGGCUAGGCUUAAAGUAUGGGCACAGGCAGUGGCAGUGGCGUCUGCAUCUAGACAUGGUGGCAUCUGACUGCUGAUGUUUGCGGAUUCUAAUAUAUACUUUUUUUGUUUUCACUUUAUUUUGUGGGAUGAAGAGAGUUUACCUUACUUGUAUUAAAUAAAUAAGUUCGAAAAUAUACUUAGUUUAUAAUAACAA